UUGUUCUGGCUUCACCGGGACGUUGGCGUCAACCGCUUUGUCUUCGGGUUUAGCGUUACUGAUUUGAAUAUCUUCUUUGCUUGCGAGCUAACCGAUUAUUGUAUCGUGCCUUAUGCGUAUCACUCUUAGUUAUAGUCUUAGCUUUUGGAAGAAUACGAAAUUCAUUAUAUUGUUUAAGGUAACUGUGACAAUUUUAAACAUGUUACGUACUCUAACGAACUCCCAUCUACUCGUGCCAUAGCCUACUUUUAAGUUGAUUUUCAUAUCCAACGUAAGAUUAAUAAUCAGUCAAUUUCUGCAUAGCCUACCGUUUUUAUAAAGUGCUAAUAUCCGAUCUAACGUUGUAUAAUGUAUGUUAAGUAGAGUAUGUGAUGUGUCUCAGAGAUCACUCCCUAAACUUUGUACAGUAGCGAGCUUCCUUUGUUUAUUAGCCUAGCUAGGUAGCUAACAGUUACGUGACACACGUGGCUUGUAAACAUCGUCCCUACGCAAUGUUGCCAAAUAGAGCAAGCAGCAGUCUUGACUCUUGACUUUUCAUGUAAUGCCACUAACUUGUAUUGCAGAACAUGUUACGGAUACUAUCGAUCAAAUUUCCCAAGCAAAUGAGUAAAACAAAACGUUAUGGAAAUAACGCGACGGUUUAGUGCGCCACAAAUGCAACUGUCAAUAAGUCCACAUUGACCUUAGCCGGAAACAAAUCAUAUGGAUAUUCUCUCUGCAUCUGUUGAGAGAAGACGGCGUGCAUGAAACCAGUUUGAUAAAGCCUUGCAUGGUCCCGAAUGUGUACAAAACUCCGUGCACCACGUGAAGGGAACUCGGGUGCCUUUCAGUGGUUGCGAAACCGGAUCACAUGAAUCUGGUCACGUACGUUUUUUUUUCUAAACGCACUCUGCAAAAACAGGCGCACAUGGACAACACAUUGCACUCUCGCCUGGCCUCGCCCGAUGCACCAGGGACGCGGACCUCUCUCCGACUCAUUUCAAAUAUAUAUUUUAAUUCAUUUCAGCCCAUCUCUCUGGCGAUAGGUUAUCUGUUUUGAUGCAGUUUCGUCUCUGAGCGAUUAAGCUAUCUGGCUUUGUUCUAAUCCGUGCCUCCUUGAAUAGGCUACUUACUACCUUCUAGCCAACUCUGCUGUCCAUAUUUUUUUAUAUUUUAUUUUUUUACAAAAUAUAUAUUUUUUGUAGCAAAUAAACUAUCGUCCAAAAUAACCAUGUCUACGAAGUGCAAUGAGACCAAAAGUUGCCCCAUCCCUACCCGUGUCAUGCAUCUGAAGGACUGGUCGCAGCUUCCCGACUGCUAUAGUCAGACUCCCGGGGGCACGCUCUUCUCCACGACGCCUGGAGCAGGGCACCACAGCACCGCCCCUUUCUACGAAAAGUCAGCAGAGGAGCAGAGCUCUGCUGGGGCGCAGGAGAGCGAGCGAGCGAGCAAGGGGGAGAGAGAGGAACCAGGAUCAUCUACGACAGGAAGUUCCUGCUGGACUGCCGGAACUCGCCCAUCGCCCGGACCCCCCCCUGCUGCCUGCCCCAGAUCCCCGGGGUGACGGCCCCCUCGUCGCACCCCCUGGGGAAGCUCCAG